AUGAGCGAAACAUGUGCGAACCCCCUUUUCUUGGGGUGGAUUAAAGAAUGGCUGGACCAAGCAAAGGAACGUAACAGUAAAGGAAAGACUGUAUACAAAAAGGCCUACGAGUCGAUGAAAGCAUGCCCCUUAGUCUUUCAACAUCCGUCCGAGGCCCUGCAGCUCAAUGGCCUUGGCCCUAAAUUAUGUGACCGAUUAACUGAGAAAUUAGCGGCUCACUGUGCGGAGAAUGGCCUUCCAAUGCCUGAGCUUCCCAACAAUUCAACUGCAGCAAAUGGUAAGAGACAGUCAGACGAAGGUGCAUCAGAGAUCCAACCGGCGAAAAAGCCCCGGAAAGCAAGACCUUAUGUGCCAGCAUUACGGUCCGGACCUUACGCACUUCUGCUAGGUCUGGCCACUCUCGGCGAAAAUUCCUCUCAGGGCUUAACAAAAGCACAAUUGAUUGAAAGGGCAGAGCCAUAUUGUGACAGCUCAUUUACGGCACCAAGCGACCCAGGCAAGUUCUUUACCGCGUGGAGCUCAAUGAAAACACUCCUCCAGAAAGACCUAGUUUAUGAGCACGGCCGUCCCUUGAAAAAGUACGCUCUUACAGAAGAAGGAUGGGAAGUUGCAAAGCGGAUCAGAAAAACCCUUCCUGAAAACCAAACCACCUUGUUCUUUGGAAAUCAACCGGACACAUCCGGUGCCCAAGACCCCAAGAAAAGUGGCCCCGGAUCUCACCAUCAAGAAAGCAAUGAAGACCUCGAAGCACUCCUCAACCCUCCAAUAAACCAAGGAAACGACACCGACGACACCACAGUAACACCCAUCACCCUACCCCCCAACAGCUUCACCGUCCAGCUGGUCCUGGACAACCGAGAAGUCCGAACCCAGAGGGACAGAGACUACAUCUCUAACGAGCUCAGCAAAAAGGGCAUCAGCGCACAAGUGCGCGCACUAGAGCUCGGCGACGCAAUGUGGGUAGCCAAAUUCCACGACCCGAAAUUCCUCUCGCAGUACGGCGACGAAGGCGACGAGGUCAUGCUGGACUACAUCGUCGAGCGAAAACGGCUCGACGAUCUCCUCUGCUCCAUCAAAGACGGCCGAUUCCACGAGCAAAAGUUCCGUCUCCAUCGGUCGGGGAUGAAAAACGUCAUCUAUCUCAUCGAGGAAUCCGCCAUCAGCUACGAUGUUAACUGCGCCAUCGCAACAAAAUAUCAGGAAAUGGUCGCGUCUGCUAUCGCCUCCACACAGGUCGUGAACGGCUACUUCGUCAAGAAAACUAAGAACCUGGACGAUACCAUUCGCUAUCUGGCCCGUAUGACCUUUCUUCUCCGGAAAAUGUAUACCCAGGACGCUGCCCCUGAUUCACAAGAUGGGCCUCCAUCUCAUACCCUCAGCUUAAUACCUAGUCGCCAGCUGUCUUCCUCGCAAUCAUAUCUCAAUGCUCUUACGCAACUUCGAGCUGAGACCCCCUCUGUUACAUACGCUGUGACCUUCCCCACAUUUGCCGCCUUGGCUUCGAAAUCAGAGUCUCUCUCCCUCCGCGAUGUAUUCCUGAAAAUGCUCAUGUGCACACGUGGGGUGACGGGCGACAAGGCCCUUGAGAUCCAACGCCGGUGGCCCACUCCCCAGGCCUUUAUACAGGCCUUUGAGGCGUUAGACCAGAAGGGCAAGGAGGCUAUGGUAUCUGAUAGGCUGUCUUCAGCGGUGGGGAGGAAGAAGGUGGCCAAGGUGCUUAGUAAAAAGAUUGCUGAGGUGUGGGGGGAGGAUGGUUGA